AUGCCGUUAGCCUUUGCAAUCAAGUAUGCUGCCAAGUGUCCAGUGAUGGACUCCCGUCCAAAUGAGGGUGUACAUAAUCCCUGCAAUGAUUUUACAAUCAGCGCACGAGAUUCCCCGGUUGGUUCUGAGCUUGUGGAACUUAAUGAUGAAACAAGCAAGCGAACAGACAGGAGUCUGACAGGUGAAAACGACGAAGAUACUCGACACGCUUUCGAAGCACGAAUUGAACAAGAAGCUUCGGAUCACAGCUUGGGGCGCAAGAAGAAGACCCGAACUGUCUUCAGCAGGAGUCAGGUUUUUCAGCUGGAGUCAACGUUCGACAUGAAGCGAUACCUGAGCACCUCCGAGCGCGCGGGACUGGCCGCCUCACUUCACCUCACGGAGACUCAGGUCAAGAUCUGGUUCCAGAACAGAAGGAACAAGUGGAAAAGACAAUUAGCGGCAGACCUGGAGGCAGCGAACAUAUCCCAUUCAACUCAGAGGAUAGUCAGGGUUCCCAUUUUAUACCACGAGAACUUGACACAAAGCACCAUGGGCUUCGGAUUUCCCCAAGUGUCUCCCCCAGUACCUGGAUUUUCCAGUACCAUGAGCUACCCCAUUUCUUCUUUAUCUCAUCCCAUGUCUAUACUGAGAUCACAAGUGACUGGCCUUGUAUAA